AUGCCCGACUCCGUAUCCAGCUCGGGUGAACAACCGCAAAGCUCCCAUCCGAAACGCAUUCGACUGUCUCUGGCCUGCAACCAAUGUCGCAAAAGAAAGGUCCGGUGCGACGCGCAGACUCCAAAAUGUCACAACUGCAUCCUCCGCGGCGAUGAUUGCCAGACCACAAACCCCAGGAAUCCGAACCAACACGCUGUGCGGAAAUGGGCGGCCAAGAGCGCCAGCGCCCAAAGCCAGGGUGGCGGCAGUGUACACGAGGUCUCCGAGACACCUCGAGAUCCUCUUCGCGCUGUCUCUCCGCGUCCGCGGCAGUACCUUUCGCCGGCGUACGAUGACGGCUCUGAAGCCGAAGAUGCAGCCUUGCGAAAGCUCUCAUGGGUCGCAGAGGCCUACCGUGCUAACGCGCGGGAGAACCAUAGCCCUCAUGAGCAUGCAGAUCUGAACCCCGACAUGGCGCUCAACACUGAUGAGAGUCCACAUCGGCUAAAGUUCAUGGGCGGUAGUAGUGUACAGUCCCUGACAAUGUUCGCCGAUCUCUUCUUUCGCAAGCGAGGUCUACGGCCAUUAUCGCCCUACUUCCGCUUCGGUAUGCACCAUGUUGAGGAGUUUCAACUUCCCCUAUCGUUUCAACUCCCUCCUCUGCCUCCACUUCCUACCCUCGAUGCCUACCUGGAUGUUUACAUGAAGAGGGUGUACCCUCUUUUCCCCGUCUUUGACGAGCCCAGUAUUCGCUCUGAACUUGGAAGACUUACGACACUGCAAGACGCUGAUGCGUCCGGAUCUCUACAAAGUUCCAUCGAAUCAUCCCAAGUUCCACUACUGGUGUCUGUAUACAGCAUCAUUUGCAUCGGUGCAGACGAAGAGACCGGAAUAUUGGCCGAAAUUGGCAGUCACUACCUCACUGCAGCAUACAGUCUUCUGGCACAUGUAAUAUCAAUACCAUACUUGGCUUCGGUGCAAGCUCUACUACUCCUAUCCAUCGCCUUGCGUGGUCGUAGCAAAGAGGGUCAAGGAUGGCAGACACUUGGCCAAGCCAUCCGCAUAGCUCAUUCCAUCGGUCUUCACCGACAUGCUUCGACACGGCACUCCCGCAACCAGCCAGAUACUGGAGCUUCAACAGCAUCGCCAGGCUACCAAGCGAAUCGGAAGCUGAACAGCCAAGUGUGGUGGGUCUGCUAUACCCUCGAGAAGCUGAUGGAGCUAGAGACUGGCCGUCCAAGUGCGAUUCACGACUCGGACUGUGACCAAAAGUUGCCGGAACCAGUUCCUGUCCCGGCACCCGCGACACUAUCGGCAUCGAGCCCUCCUGGAGCGCAGGCUGAUCGACAGACUAUUGACUACUUUCAACCCUGGGCGUCAUUAUCACGAAUUAUCAGCAGUAUAAGCGCUCACAUCUACCGCCGCUCUGGACAAUCCCAAACAUCAAGAAUCCUCCUCGGCGACACGGUCCGCCUAGAUACUGCACUUACGGAAUGGGCUCAGUCCUUACCCGCUGAAAUCCGUCCUCCAGGCCCGAAUAGUGGAAAUGCCGAUCUGUGCGAUACGGGGCAUCAGCACUUUGCCAUUUUCCUCGCCAUCCACUACCACCACGCCCUGAUAUCCCUCCACCGGGCGGCGCUGGUCUUCCCCGAGUCAAUGUAUCGAACACACAUCAACACACAAGCAGACUCUGGGGCACUGUCGUCCGUCGAGCUCACGAGACUCAGACGCGGCGCAGAGAUCUGCAUCGGGUCAGCGAGAGCGAUGGCCAGGCUCAUUGGCGAAAUUGCAGACGACGCAACCCCUACGCCCCGCGGCGGCCACGGCGGCAUGUUCGCCCAGUCUCAUCACAAUCGAUCAGAGUCUAUGAUCUUCACAAUGACCCAGCCUCUCAUGUCUGCAGUAGCCCUCGCUCUCCACAUUCUCAAACAACCCGGUUCGCGGCUUGCCCGGUCCGACUUGGAGCUUCUGGGCAUAGCAGCACAGUACGCGGAGGAGCAGUACACAAAAGUCACGCAGAACCCUCGAUUCAUCCAAGCGUGCUCCGUUCUGCAGUCCAACAUGUCAGAGAUUGUAUCUGGUCAUCGUCAGAACCGAGCGUCAUUGAGCACAAUGGCACCCGAACCCUGGCAGGCUGCACAAACACCGGCGAGGGAUGCCGGUGAGGUCAAUGUGGACCCAGAUAUUGACCUGAUGGACCUUGAGCUUCCGGAUUUGUCGGGCAUGUUUACCGAGAUCAGCAAUACGGACCUGUUUGGGGGUGUUCGGCUAGAGCAUCUCUGGGGGAUGCUAGGCACAGAUGGGCAUUUUGCGGAUGGGACGGAGCAGUGGCCACAGUCAUGA